CCGCCCGGCCCCGCCAGAAACAUGAACCAAUUAAGAUUCCUUACACUUGCACCUCAAGAGCAAGGAACUGUCAAAGAAGAACCAGUUUCAGAAGUUCAAACCAGACCAACCUGGAAGUUUGAUUGGGCAUUAAAUAAAGUGGAUAACUCUGUCAGAAAAACUGGCCGCAUCCCUAAAGCUCUUCUACUAAAAAUCUUCCAGGAAAUAAGCAAAACAGAGUGUCCAGGGAGUAACCAGAUCUUGCUUUUGUUACAAAGUUGUGGUGCUGUCUUACCAGAGUUAUUGUCACCUGAAAGAACAGAACUGGCCCAUAUGAUAUGGGACAAGAUGAAAGAACUUGGUGCUGUAUUUGAUACAAGCCAUUACAAUGCUUUGCUUAAAGUCUAUAUUCAGAAUGAGCACAAGUUUUCUCCGACAGAAUUCUUGGCCAGGAUGGAGGAAGCUAAUGUGAAGCCCAAUCGAGUUACAUACCAAAGGCUGAUUGCUGCUUACUGCAAUGAGGGUGACAUUGAAGGAGCAAGUAAGAUUCUUGGAUUUAUGAAGAGCAAAGAUCUCCCCAUUACUGAGGCAGUAUUCAGUAGCCUUGUGAAAGGACAUGCAAGAUCAGGAGAUAUGAAGAGUGCAGAAAACAUCCUUUCAGUGAUGAGGAUGGCUGGUGUUGAACCAGGUCCAGACACCUAUUUAUCACUGCUGAAUGUGUAUGCUGAGAAGGGUGAUGCUGAGAGCAUCAAAAAGACUCUAGAGCAGAUUGAGAAGACUGAAGGAUACCUUAUGGAUAGGAUUCUGAUACAGGUGAUUUUUAGCCUUGCCAAGGCUGGAUAUCCACAGCACAUCGAGGAUAUUAAAGGACGCAUAAGAUUUGAAAGGGAUUUAAUUCCAGAUGUAAUGAACCUGUGUUUGACUCUGAUAACUCAUGGCUUUGAAGAUAUCAGCUUCAGCAUUUUGAAGUCUUUAAGUCAUUUAUCGCGUGAAGAUAUGGACCAAGGUAGCUUCUUCUUGCAACAUUGUGUAAAUAGAGAUCUGCCUGUGAGCAAGCUGAAGCAAUUCUGCACCGAAUUAAAAGAAGCGAAGAUGCACUCGGCACCGUUACCAUUUAUCUUGCGCUGCGCUUUGGAGACCAACAGAUUGGCCUUGGCCAUUGAUGUGAUGAAGCUGAUGAAGGAGGAAGGCUUGCCACUCAGACCUCACUAUUGCUGGCCACUGCUAGCUGCAUACCAGAAGGAGAAUAAUCUUAAAGGUAUCUUUGAGGUCCUCAAAAUGAUGCAUAAAUUGGGGGUGGACCUUGAUGCAGAAACGUAUACAGACUAUGUUUUUAAACACUUUGCUGAUACUGAAACUGCCCAUGCCCAGCUGAAGGAAAAUGGCUGCCUGUUUGAAAGUGUUGGGCUCUAUACAGCAGAACUGAGAAGUGAGGCACUGCACGGGAGACUGGAUAAAGUUCUUUCUUUACUGUCUUCUGCAAACACACCUGCUAUUGAUUAUCGACAGUUUAGAAACAGCCUCAUUUUGGGUUUUAAAAGCUCAGAUGAUGUACAGCUAUGGAGCAAGAUAACAGAACUGUUGUACAAGGAUGAACGUUAUUGCCUGACGCCUCCAGGACCAACUGAAGCUGUUGGCUAUUUUCUUUAUCACUUGAUUGACAGCAUGAGUGACUCAGAGGUACAGGCCAAGGAGGAGCGUUUGAGACAAUACUUCCAUCAGCUGAAGGAGAUGAAUAUAGUAAUCCCUACAAGCCACUACAACGGCAUUUGCAGACUGCUGGACUCCUCUCAAGUUCCUGAAUUAAUUAAGGAUGCAAGGUUACUGUGCAAUAAAAAAUCCCUGUCUACAGACGACAUUUCAGAAACUGCUAAAUCUGACGUGUCUGCUUUGGAGAAGAAACUAGAAAAGCGAAAAGCUGAAAACCAGCCUAUUACAGAUGUCUUGAAACAACUCAUACAUGCUCUUUGUGAAGAAGAGAAUAUGCAAAAAGCCCUUGAAGUGAAAGCCAAAUACGAACCGGACAUGGUUGUCGGUGGCUAUGCAGCCUUAAUAAAUUUGUGCUGUCGACAUGAUAAUGUAGAAGAGGCAAUGAACCUGAAAGAAAAAGUCUUCCCUAGGAAUUCACCUGUUGCUCUUGACUGUGGAAAGUACGUAGCACUGGUAGAAGUCUUACAAAAGCAUGGUAGACUAGAAGAUGCUAUUAACAUUCUAACGGAGAUGAAAGAGAAGGAUGUUCCUAUCUCAGGCAGAACAGUUGCAUCUUUUCUCCGCAUUCUUAAUGCUGCUGCGAUGCGAGGUGAAGUUGAAACAGUGAAUCGAUUACAUGAGACCAUUGCAGACCUGGGGUUGGUGAAAACUGCUGCCCUUCAUGCCCCUCUGAUUACAGUUCAUCUUGAAAAGGGUGACAUGCCUGCAGCUCUGGAAGCUUUAAUCAGCUGUUACAAGAAGUAUGGUAAAAUUCUUCAACUUCAUAACAUCUACUGUAAACUGGUAGAAAAAGGAGAUGCUGAUCUUCUGCAGAAGGUUUCAGAUUUUGUAAGCAGAGAAUACGGUGACAUGAUGGCUCUUUACGAUCUCUUCUUCGCCUUCUUGCAAACAGGGAAAUACAAAGAGGCCAAGAAGGUCAUCGAGGUGGGAUUUUAA